AAACGAGUUGAAUUUUCAGUUAGAUCUUUGUAUAUAACGCGACAGCAACUAGCUUUUCAGAAAAUAAUUUUUCGAGUUGAAGAGAUCAGCGCGGGUGAUUUAUAUAAGUUUUAGUGUUUUUCGUGUCUUCUUCAAUUCAAAACUUCUAAAAUGGAUGAGAUUCCAAAAGAUCAAGUUGUGUUGUUGAAAAAUGCAUUCGACGCAUUCGAUCAAGAAAAGAAUGGCUACAUUGAAGCCGCCAUGGUCGGUACCAUCCUAAGUAUGUUGGGCCAUCAGCUGGACGAUAAAAUGUUGGCCGAAAUUAUUGCUGAGGUCGAUGACGAUGGAUCCGGUCAGAUUGAAUUUGCCGAAUUUUGUACAUUGGCCGCUCGGUUUCUCGUUGAAGAAGAUGCCGAGGCUAUGCAACAGGAAUUGAAGGAAGCUUUCCGUUUAUACGAUAAAGAAGGAAAUGGAUACAUAACCACAGACGUUUUACGUGAAAUCUUAAAAGAAUUGGACGACAAAAUUACCAACGAAGAUUUGGAUAUGAUGAUUGAGGAAAUCGAUUCGGAUGGAUCUGGUACAGUGGAUUUUGAUGAAUUUAUGGAAGUUAUGACGGGCGGUGAUGACUAGAUUCAGGUGGAAAAGCUGAUGAACAAACGACAACUUAUUCAUAAAUUCAGCCUUAAGACUCUACGUGUAAUUUAGAUAGACAAAAAUUAUUAUUAAAAAUAAUGUUUCUACAAAUCGAAAA